AACUCCGGGCACUAAACUAGUUGUACACAACAAACACAACACGAGAGUUGAAAGAAGCUUACGAGGAAAAUUGUAAUAGUGAUAAGAAGAAUAAUGAUCAGAGCUGUGAUUGUUAUGAACGAUCAAGGCAAGCCUCGCCUUCUCAAAUUCUACCACUAUCAGCCUGUAGAGAAACAGCACGAGAUCAUUCGUACUAUUUAUGGUGUUCUAUGCAGUAGAGCUGAUAAUGUCAGCAAUUUUGUUAAUGCCGAAUCCAUUUUUGGACCUGAUGCUCGUCUUGUAUACAAGACGUUUGCUACUCUGUACUUCGUUUUUGUAUUUGAUGCUUCUGAAAAUGAGCUAGCCAUAUUAGACCUUAUGCAAGUUUUCGUGGAGACGCUAGACAAGUGCUUCAGUAAUGUGUGUGAGCUAGACAUAGUGUUCAAUUUUAACAAGGUGCAUACAAUCUUGGAUGAGAUUAUUGUAGGAGGUCAAGUUCUUGAGACAAGUUCAUCAGAAGUUGUGAAGGCAGUUGAUGAAAUAUCUAGGUUGGAGAAGGCCUCAAAUUCCAUCAUGCGUGUUCCAAAAUCGAUCUCGGCGUGGCAAGGGCGGUAGAAUGUUUUAUGGCUUUAUCAUGGUACCGUUUAUGCCGGCGUCCCUUUCGAGGAAUCAGUCUUGGAUGGAAUGUUUGGUAACAAAGCUAGUAGUUCUAAACUGCAGAAUUAUAACAUUUUUCAAUUACUUUCAAGCCGUGCAUAAUUCCUAACAUUUAGAAAAACAUUUAGUCGUGGCGCAGCUAUGUUGUUCCAUUGGCCUGUAUCAUCAAAGAGACAUUUACAAAUAUUAGUGUGUGGUGUAACAAAUAAAGUAGUAACCAUAUGUUGAUGACAAAAUGUAGCAAAGCUUGUUAAUUUGAUUUGCUAAUAAAAACAUGUUUGCCGAGUA